AUGAGUAUGGAUGCACCUGCUUCAUUGAACUUCUUUAAGGGUCAUCCAUCGUUUAGAUUAUUACCAAACAAGGAGAUUAUAGAUGCAACCACUGAUUUAUUAAGUCCAGAUAAAAGAUUUUAUGACUCAGAUACAGAGAAUAGACAUCCCUUAACAUAUGGAUCUGAUCAGGGUGCGUUAUGGGUUAGGAACACUAUCUGUUCAUUUUUGAAUGAUGAUAUUUUCAAAUUACCAAAAGAUUCUAACUUGAGAUCUACUCCGGAAUGUCUAAAUUUGAACUCAGGUGCCUCGUAUGGUAUUCUGAGUAUCUUAUUACAAUCAACCUUGGCCCAAACUGGUUACACUAGACAAGCAUUUAUUAUAUCACCGACCUAUUUUUUAAUUAAUAAUUGUUUCAUCGAUGCUGGGUUUUCAGGCAAACUAACGGCCAUUGAUGAAAUAGGUUGUGAUACAAUAGAUUUUGUUACACUUGAAAAGAAACUCCAAGAAUGUGAGAAUCAAGCAAGUAGUGGAGAUUCUACAGAAUGUAUCGAUAACCCUCAGAGUGAUAAGAAGAAGAAAGUUUACAAAUAUGUUAUUUAUACAGUACCAACUUAUUCCAAUCCAAGUGGACACACGUACUCCGAAGAAACACGAUUAAGACUAAUUAAAUUAGCUAGGAAGUAUGAUAUGUUAAUCAUUGCAGAUGAUGUUUAUGAUAUAUUGAAUUAUGACCAAGAUAUUUCGAAGAAUUCAAAACUUUUACCUACACCUCCCAAGAGAUUUGUUCAUCUAGAUAGACAGACUUGGUCUUCUACUGAAGAUGAUCCAUUUGGAAACACUAUCUCCAACGCUACAUUCUCUAAAUUGAUUGCACCUGGUUUGAGAUUUGGUUAUCAUGAAACUGUCACUCCAAAACUCGCAUAUCAACUAUCAGAAGGUGGUGCGAAUAUUUCGGGCGGUACACCAUCUCAAUUAAACUCGAUGAUUGUUGGAACCAUGCUGAAGAAUGGUUCCGCAACAAACGUACUCAGACAUUUAAUAUCCACAUAUAAAGAGCGUGGCGAGGUUUUGUAUACUUGUGUGAAGAGAUGGUUACCUCAGGAGACUGAUUGUGACGUCAUACAUGGUGGAUAUUUUGUUUGGAUUACAUUACCGGAUGACUACAAUAUGGAAGAGAUUCAAAGACGUUUGAAUGCUGAACACAAUGUCAUCCUUGCCAAUGGUUCCAAUUUUGAAGUCAUUGGUGAUCCCAAAGGUUGGGGGAAAAGAUCAGCAAGAUUAUCGAUUAGUUUCAUGGAGAAAGAGGAAAUACAAGAAGGGAUAAGACUAUUAGGUUCUGUUUGCAGAGAGUAUGCAACUGAACUGGGGUUGCCAUUUUAA